UAAGAACUGUGUGUAUAAUGAGAUACCUAGCCAGUUGUAACCUACGAACGUUUGUAAUUUUGUAUAGAGUGUAGAAACUUAUCUAUUUAUAAUUCAUAUUUUAAAUUUUAUUCUAUUUAAUACUUACUAACUAUACUAGGUUUUCUGACUUUGUUAUUUUGGUUGUCUGAUAUAAAUUUGAAUCAUCUGGACAAGAUGAACGGAAAUUCGUCUCAAAAUAAUGAAAGCUCUGUAAGCACACUAUCAAACUAUACUCAUCCUAGUGAGACUUCCAUUGACAAAGCAAAUACUAAUGAUCAGGAAUCUGGUAAAGACAUCUCUGUUGGAAAGUACGGUGUUUUAAAAAUGAUCCAAAGUUCAAAAAAUGUUUUAUAUAAUACAGAAUUUGUGCGUGUAAAAAACAUUAAGACUAAUUUAGCUGAUAAAAGUGUUUGGAUACGUGGGAGACUUCACACUAGUUAUGCCAGAGGAAAACAAUGUUUUAUGAUUGUCAGACAGCAGCAAUGGUCUAUUCAAGUGUUAGCUGUAGUAUCUGAUACUAUUAGUAAACAAUUUGUCAAGUUUUGUUCCAAUAUAACCAAGGAAUCUGUAGUAGACAUUAAAGGUAAAGUUGCAAGAACACCUUCUAAAAUUGGAUCGUGCUCACAGAAAGAUGUCGAAUUAUAUAUUGAAGAAUUGUGGGUUGUUAGUCAGUCUGCUGAUCAACUUCCUUUACUUCUUGAAGAUGCAUAUAGGCCAGUAAAUGGGGAUGAUAAGGAUGCAGAUAUUAGAGCCAACCUAGAUACUAAGCUUGAUAAUAGGGCGAUAGAUUUACGCACACCAGCAAAUCAAGCUAUUUUCCGCCUUGAAGCUGUUGUUUGUAAAUUUUUCAGAGAAAUACUCACUGCAAAAGGUUUUGUUGAAAUUUUUCCGCCAAGGAUUAAAAAUGCUGUAACUGGAAAUGGAACAAAUGUUUUCAAAAUAUCUUAUUUCAAAGGCUCUGCAUAUCUUGCUCAAUGUCCUACGUUCCAUAAUAUUAUAGCAAUUGCUGGUGACUUUGAAAGGGUAUUCACAAUUGGCCCAGUUUUUAGACCGGAAGAUAGCAACUCACAUAGACAUCUGACUGAAUUUACUAACUUAAAUUUAGAAAUGACUUUUAAACAUCACUACCAUGAAGUGGUUGAUGUUAUUGCUUCACUUUUUACUAGCAUAUUUAAAGGAUUACGUGAAAAACCCACCGCGGGGACACUCACUUGGACAAUUCAAAUCGAAAACAUCCAUCAACUUGAUAGUUAUCAAUCUGAAAUUAAAACAAUUUGCGAACAAUAUUCAGUUGAACCAUUUAAAUUCUUGGACCCACCUUUAAAACUUGAAUUUCCAAUGGCUGUUAAUAUGCUUCGCGAGAAUGGUGUUGAAAUGGGUGAUGAAGACGAUUUAUCAAUACCAAAUGAAAAAUUACUUGGACGUUUGGUCAAAGCAAAAUAUGAUACAGAUUUCUACAUUUUGGAUAAGUUUCCUCUUGCCAUACGAUCUUUUGAAACCAUGCCAGAUCCUGACUCAAAAGUUGGUUCUAAUUCUUAUGAUAUGUUUAUGAGAGGUGAAGAAGUUCUAACCGGUGGUCAGAGGAUACAUGAUUAUCAUUACUUAAUGAAAAGAGCUAAACAUUGUCAAGUUGAUAUUGAGAAGUUUGCAUAUUAUUUAGACGCUUUCCGGUAUGGGUGUCCACCUCUCGCUGGUGGUGGAAUAGGAUUGGAGAGAGUUGUUAUGUUGUACUUGGGCUUAGACAACAUAAGAAUUGCAUCAAUGUUUCCUCGUGAUUCUAAGAGACUUACUCCGUGAUUAAAUUAUACUUUAUACAUUUUUUUAUUUUAUUAUUACUUUUUUUUUUUUUUAAUAAAGUAUGUUAACAAUUAUAGGGAUUCGAUACCGUGUUUUUCUGUUUUUGUCUAACACACACGCGACAUAGGACUUUAUACUGGUUCUUUGCCAAACAUACCAAUUGAUCUAAUAAAGCGAUAAGAAUUCUAAAAACAGAU